AUGUGCCGAUCACCCUUCCGUUUUUCUGCUACUGACGGCGUUGAUAAACUCCUGAAACUGAACAAAGAAUGGGCCAAGCGCCUGGAUCAGGCGAACCCAGGUCUGCUCGAGGCCAACGCCAAGGGCCAGAAGCCGCAAAUUCUCUGGAUUGGCUGCGCCGAUUCUCGCUCCACUGUGGCCAGCUUGGACCUGCUUCCUGGCGAGGUCUUUGUCCACCGCAACGUCGCCAACAUGGUGCCCAACUGCGAUCCGAGCAGCCAGUCGCUGAUCCAGCUCGCUAUGGAGGUUGUGGGGGUCAAACACAUCAUUGUGUGCGGCCACACCGACUGCAAGGGCGUCGAGACCACCCUGAAUAACGCCCGGGUCGGUGGCAGUCUGGAGGCCUGGCUGCGCAACCUGCGGGACGUGCGGGCCAAGUACAAGACGGUGCUGGAGGCCAUUCCGUCAUUCAAGGAGCGCGCUGAAAAACUCGCCGAGCUCAAUGUGAUUGAGCAGGUGUGGAACGUCAAAACGAACGACAUUGUCCGCGAGCACAUGGCCAAGCGAGGCGUCCAGGUCUAUGGCAUGAUUUACGACGUUGCUACUGGUUUGUUGCAUCAAGUUGACGUGCCUGAGGAUCCUGAUGUGGGCUAUUACGCUGUAGAUUAA